CACCAAAAAGGGGUGCAUGCUCACGUACAGCGGUGACAGCUCACUCCACCAUCGCACACACAGACACACAGCGCACGGGCACAGCAGUAGCAGCCUCACCAUCACACACACACAGAGCGCACGGGCACAGCAGCAGCAUGACCAUCAUACGCACAUAAAGCGCAUACAUCGCAAAACACAAAUCUACAGCACUACGGAUAACACGACAAGAACCAAAGACACACACACUGCGCCUAAAGCGCAGUGGGACCUCGAAUGUGAAUUUUGGACCCCUGGAGCUGCAUUCCCGACCCCUCCUCGCCUGUGCGUCUACCGCGAAACGGGCAGGAUGUGCGUCGCUCCCAUGGCCGGGACCACACGAGCGCUGCUAACCGCCGGGUCGAGCGUGUGCCUCUGAGCCCUUGGACCUGCGCCCUCCUCAGCCUCCUUUACCCAUGAAGCGCCAUGGGUAGGGGGGGUCUCUCCCGAGGCUCGUCUUGCUCGAGUGGCAAGAGAUUGAAUCGCCAUGAAUUGAUGUGCAUCCGACAUCUGGCAUUGCUCCGUUGAACUGUAUAACGGGUUAACUGCCCGCUUUGGAUAGAGCUGGUCCGGACGUAAGAAGCAUGUCCCAGAUUGGCUGGUGGACCCGGCCGCUUCAUCCACCGACCAAGCCCGCGUUUGCGCUCUGCUGCCUCCUCCUACUGCUGCUGCUCCUCGCCGCGAACCGCGCGCCGCUCGACUCGUCAACGCCGAUCCACGCACAGGUGCAGCAGCAGGGAGGUAGAGCCCUGGCAGGUGACGGUGCAGUGAGGCUGGACCACGGUUCUCCGGAGUCGGCGUGGUCCGAUCUGCACGUGGAGAAUGGCCCCGUGCCAGGCUCCCCGGGGGCGGCAUGGAGCCUCGUGCUGUGUGCGGAAAGCGGCUGCCUUCCUCCAUGUCUGCCGCAUCUCUCUCAACGCCACAAGGUGAACGAGGCUCCAGGAGUGAGCGACUCACUGUUGAAGCCCGAUGCCUUCUGCUGGCUGAUGCAGCACGUCGGCAAUCUGUCCGCCUGGCUUUCCCCUCGGUGCUGGCUGCUGCCCGCACAGCGAGCGCCGUGGCAGAGAGCGGCGGCCGCGCUGCCUCCCCGUGGCGAUUGGGCCGUGAGCACCACGGAGCUGGGCGCCUCGCCUCUCUGGCUGGACACGGAGGCCCUGCAGAGGACGGAGUCCCGGGCCGAGGCACGCGUUGUGGUAUGGGCACGGGACUGGCGCCCCCUAUUGGUGCUAGGCCUGCAUGUCGAGGUUGAGGCGUUUGUGUUGCUCAGCUCAACGCGGCCCCUGCACGCGUUCCUGCACGGGGACUGGGUGGUGCGCCUCCGCCACGCGCCACGCUCACAGCAGCAGGCGGAGCAGGAGCGCCUGUGGAGCACCGAGCGAAUGCUGCGGCACCUGCAACAGGCGGUGGGGCACGACGAGGCGGCACUGGUGCUGCAGCGAGUGGAGGGCGUGGUGGCGCGCACGCUGCUGGCCGCUGAGGCCCGGGCCAGCGACGCGUGGAGGUGUGCCUCGUGUUUUCAGCUUCUGAAGUUCAUUCUCACAUUCGACACCUCACUCCACCCGCUUGUCCUGCAGGUGAGCGGCCACCCGAGCCUUCACGUAGCUCGGAGGCCACGCACUGCGAGCGCCUCCCCGCCAGGACCGGACGAUGCACCAGGGCAUGGGGCCGCUCGCUCACAGGAGGCCCCGGCCUAUGAGGCUGUCCUGCGGGACUCUGCCUCGCUGCUGUGCGCCGCCACCACUGGUGUCGGCAAGGCCUUGGCGGGAGACGUGCGCGAUAUCCUGGAGCGCCACGGGGUGGAUGCCGAGCCUCAGAGCAAGUCUUACAACGUGGAGCAGAGUGCAUGCCUCACGGGAGACGACCUCCGCUUCCUCGUGGACACGCACAGCGAGAGCAAACACUCGGGCCGCUUCAAACUGCUCUUCCCAUCGUCUUUGCCGGAGUUGAACGCCUUUCGCUCCGCCCUCCAGCACCGUUCUCGCGAGCCGCCCUUCCCACCAUCGUACGCCACUGACCAGCUGCCUACCCAGCUGUGGGAGGACCGGCAAGCGAAGCUCUCCGUCCCGACAGCCCCACCGCUCGGCGAUCGCAGGAGCAGUGCGAUUCAGAUGCAGCGUGGCUCCAGGCAGGCAGAUGCCAGUCCAGCAGAGCCAGGAAAACCCGAUGCAGCCACCGGCAAGGCAGAUGCCAAUCCAGCUGGGCCGAGAAAUCCCGACGCAGCUACCGGCAAGGCAGCACAACGUGCAACCAUCUACACAGCGAAUGAACAGCUGAGAAGCAACUGCAGUAAUGACGCAGAGGCGCGGGGCGUGCUCGGCUCGCUGGCGCUGGAGCCGCCCCUUGAGCUGUGGCCGCUGUUCGAGCCGCGCGUGCACCGCUACGAGGCCAGGGCGGCGUUCCCCGUGCUGCUCCUGCGCCUGGUCGCAAGCGCCCGGCACUGCGAGGAGCACGUGCGCAUCGGGGAGAGCACAGGGCGCAGAGGCGCUGCGCACUGGCCACUCGGCGUGGGGCUGACGCAGGUCAACGUGUUCGUGAUGGCAAUGGGCGGCGUCGCGAGGGUCUACACCCUCCGCGUUUUCCGUGACCCGCGGCCCAGCUCCAGCCUCACUCGGCCCUGGAACGGCACGGUCUGCGGCCUGCAGCAGGACUGUGCAUUUGCGCUGUGGGACAGGCAGCCAUGUGGCUUGAGGCCACUUCCCCGGGGUUCCGCGCAACUCGAUGAGCAGAGCCCCCCCUGCCAGGGACACGAACAAGGCUCGUGGGUGUUGCCGUGCCUGAGUUGUGCCGACAGCAGCUCGUGUGACUGGAGCCAGGCGGCCUGGGAGGUCUCCGGCUGCCGCCACCCUCGGUUUAGUCAGCAACAGCUGCAGCAGUGCAUGCUGGGAGUGAAGCUGCUGGUGGUGGGAGACUCGACGGCGCGUGGGAUGAUGUUCUACCUGAUGGAACGCCUCAACGGCACGCUGGCCCAUUGGGAGCAGAUUCACGGCUCCAAGCACUACCGCUUCCUGAACCGUGGACUCACGCACGCCGCCUUCGCCUACUUCCCGCAGUUCUGGGUGGUGCCGCAGCACCAGCGGACCUUCGAGGAGACGGUGAUGCUGCUCAUCGCCAGCUCGCGACCCCUUAUCGACGGGUGGCGCACCGUGCUGCUGCUGGGCGGCGUGCACUGGCUGUGGCCCCACCACCUGCGCUCACUGGACCUCUUGCUGCGGCGGGAGGGCUUGUCCAGGGCACGAGUGCUGGUGAAGACGCUGAGCAUGGGCUUUGGCCUGCCAGUGGAGAGCACGCGCUCCCUGUCUCUGAGUGAGCAGAGGGCCUUGUGGCAGCGCAAUGUAGGCAUCGUGCAGGAAGCGCGCACGCUCGGAUUCUCCAUCGUGGACACGUGGAACGUAACCGUGGCUCGGCCUGCAGAGUUCCUGCCCGGCAAGUGCAGCUGCCACUUCCAUGAGGUAAUCCCGAGGUCCCGUGUGGAUGGGGGAAGCGCUCUCCCGGUCACCACCUUCCACGUGGAGGGAGCGAUCAAUGCUGCCUAUUCCGAGAUCCUCCUAGCGCUUCUCUGCUCUGACCAGCAGUGACACCGAUUGGAACGGCCCCACCGGUGUUCCCUUAAAUCUCGGCGCCCAGUGCCCGUAUCCUCCGUGAGGUUUGAGGUGGCCAACUCGCAUCAUGCUGGAGAGAGGGCACGCGUCACACGGGCAGGGCGAGCCAACAAGGCACAUUUGGAAGAUUUUGCCAGACAGUAUAUUAACUCUUCAGGUAAUUCAGGAGUUAUGGGGGAAACUGCCUGGCACCGGCAGUGUCCUUCGUUUCUCAUGACCCCAGUGUCUCUCCACACUAAAGCGCCCUUGCUAUGGGCUCAGUCGGGCUCACAGCGAGGCCCCUUUCCUCCUCAAAGACAUCACUAGCGACGUGUUUCUUGGCUCCCUAGUCCAAUGUGCUCUGCACAUGAAUGAACGUGAAGGUGGGCAUGUGGUGUCCUGUGUGUGUAUUGCCAACGUGGGGUCACUGCUGAACAGCGAUCUUUACCGGAUCAGUUAAGCGCAAUGGUGCUCAUCCGAACACGGCGAGUCCCUGAAAAGGUUUCAACUUCAACACGGUGUCAUCAGUUACUUUGUAGUCCGUCAACCCAACGACAAUGGUUUUGAGCAAGAGCAGUCCACCAACAGUGGGGUCUGACAUCGCGUGCCAGAAAAUUUGUGGCAAAAUCUGCACUUGACAACACGGCUGAAUGUAUAUACCUCGACCAACGGUUGAAAGUGGACUGAAUUCAACGAGGUGAAACAUGUGGAGGAGAGAGGCAGGAUGGAGUUGUUUGGGAAUGCUGGACUUGAAGAGCAACGUACGAAUGUGGCUCCUGGAGGAAGUUUCUAACGAGUGCGUACCACGAUGCACGGUUCAGGGACACGCUCGUUACGAAACGGAGAAUAACACUUAAGCCCACAGAAGAGGCAUGGAGAGAUGCACGCUUGGAUUUGCAUUGAGACACAGGGAAGGGAACACGUGGAUGACAGAACAUGUGCAGGUUAAUAAAAGUGGGCUUGGGCAGGACAAGGAUAAGUGACAGCCAAGGAAUGGAAUGCGUCCACUAAAGAGAUAGAGCGACGAAUACGGUUUGUGUGCAGGUGAAUUAUUACAUCGUAGGAAUGUGGAGGCAGCAGAUUGGGAUCGCCUCCAUCGAGCAGUGGAUUGAUCAUGGCUUCGGAAACCUUAAUCCAAGUGGACUGCUGUUUUAUGGAAGCAGAUUAUUAUUUAUUUUUCCUCUCCAGUUAGUGAGCAUUGUUAGCGAGUAACCUUGCUGCUACGGAACCACUCAGCCAAUCUGGAUGCAUCCAUAAAAUAGGCCCAGGCAGCAGAGCAAGGCUGCCGUUUGAUGGAUUCGGUGUAAAUUUUCACGAUUAAUCCCCAUUUAUAUCCCCCUGUCUGCGUGCUGGGGCAUUUUUUUACAUAUUCAUAAAACACGUGUAUUGUUAUAUACAAUUCUUACAGCGUAUACAUCCCUGUACAUAGCACAUAUACAUUUGUAUAUAGACAUAUUUUAUAUGUAUAAAUGCACGUUACGUUUUCUAUGUUUAAUAUAUUCUGUGUAGUCAAAUCCAUACUCUAUCAACACAUCUAUCCAACCUCUUGUCUCAACAUACCUAAAGCCUACGUGUCGAACUGAUAGCUAUCCAAAAUGCCACACUACACCAUCUGGCGAGCUCACAUUUGGAAUAAAACGACGUCAAUAUCUCCAAUUAUGCCUGGGCCGAUUCACACUUUUUUUUUCCUGUACGUCAUUUUCUACUGGUCCACACCCACGAUCGGUAUUUGUUAUUGUUCAAUAUUCUAUCUUUUAUGAAUAAUCUCUACAACGUAGUGGUGUCGGUGACAGCUGGGCGCUUUAAUGACCUUGGAUCUAUCCCCCUUUCUUGCGUGCUAAAGGUGCUCUGUGGCGAGGUGACAUCGUAAGCCGUGCAACUCGACUGUCGGUCCACCUGAUUGCUUAAUGCUGGCGUUACUCGGUCUCGCAUUCCUCGUCCAUAGCUCAGGCUCUGGCACUGGCUCAAAGUGAGCUAUGGCUGAAUGCUGCACUUGAGCCGGCUGAUCGUGGUUCCCAGCCGCGCCCGGGGAUUUUUGUGAGCCGAGCGCUGAGCCAGACCCCUGAGUGUUGGGAGGCCGAGCCAUGACUACGAACAGCGGCCUUCGAUGUUUUCCCAUAAAAAUCGUUGCACGCAGGCUGCCGCCUUCAUGUUGGGCACAAUAAUGAAGUAAUUCACUCUCCACGGUACUCUAUAAGCAUUUAUUGUUACGGUUUUUUGUAGCAUCAUUAUGAACAGUUAUAUCGUGAGUAUUUAAAUAAGACAACGGUACAUGAUGUACGUUGAAUAAAAUGCACAGCAACGCACCAUCGGGACUCUUCUCUUUACGUGGCGGCAUACAGUAGUAGCGGCGUCCAUUUGAAUAAAAAAAUAAGAACUUGCGCUCGUCGAUUUGCACACAAAGCAGCCUUGCACGUCGGGCUGUCCGAAGCGCGCACGCGAGAAAAGCAAACCCUCUCGACUGAAAAGCUGCACCCCCAGACGCGUGAAGUCCUGAGUCGUGGGAGUUUCCUUCUGACAGUGACCCAGACCGUUAGGGCUGCGGAUCUCCCAGUGGCUUACGUUCCGACACAAACCAAACCCGGACGUUGCCACGUCAGGUAUUAAAACAGGCAAUGCCACUUCCACUCUCUCAGUUGUCCUCGUCGUAUUCCUCCGCCCAAAGCUGGGACACGACACCAUCUUGCACUCGCCUUGAUGUCACCGAUUCUUACGUGGUUGCCACCAUUGAAUGUGAAUGGCAGAAUCCAAAGCAAGCGGAAAUUGGGUCAUCGCAGACAAAUUCCACUGUGUAUGUGUGGUGGUCAUGUUGACACACACGCGCCACAACCAGGGGGCUUACCGGUAUGGGAUGGUUGUGUAC